AUGACGCUGGAAUGGGCCAUCGAACACGGCAUGCUGGUGGCUUUACACGCCGAGCAGCAGCCACAGAACCCGGCGGUGAUCACGCAGUAUGGUGAACGCUCAUUUGCGGAGUUAAACGCUAACGCCAAUCGGUUGGUGCGGUUGUUGGCGCAGCACGGCAUUGGUCCCGGUGACUCUGUUGCCAUUGUCACCAAGAACCGACCUGAAUUUAUCGAAACCCUGGUUGCGACAACCCGCAGCGGCAUUCGCUUCACCCCGAUCAACUUUCAUUUAAAAGGCGAAGAGAUUGGUUACAUUGUGGACAACUGUGAAGCCAAAGCAUUUGUUGCGGAUGCCAGUUUAGGACAACCGGUUAUCGAAGCACCCAGCCACGCCUCCGGCGCGCACCUGCUGCUCAGUGUUGGCGGCGAGAUCGAAGGCUUCACCGAUUUUUCUGCCGCAAUUGCCAACCUAGAUGGCGACAACAUCGAGCAGCCCGAGCUUGGCUCACGCAUGUUGUACACCUCAGGCACUACCGGCCGGCCGAAAGGCGUGUACCGCAAAGCAAAGCUGUUGGAAGUACCGCAGUGGGGUGACACUCCAGCAGCCUACACACCAGGACAGGACCGCGGCCUGGUUACCGGACCAGGCUAUCACGCGGCACCUUUGCUCAUCGACAUCGUGCAACCGCUAUGGUCUGGCGUAGGCAUCGUUAUGAUGGACAAGUGGGAUGCUGAAGAAUGCCUGCGCUUGAUCGAAGAACACAAGAUCACCCAUACACAUAUGGUUGCUACCAUGUUUCACCGCAUGUUAGGUCUGCCGGAAGACACCCGGACAAAAUACGAUCUUUCGUCACUCAAGUUUCUCAUUCACGGCGCAGCACCCUGCCCUGUACAUAUCAAACACGCCAUGAUCGAUUGGUUUGGACCGAUCAUCUGGGAGUACUAUGCCGCGACAGAGGGUGGCGGCGGAUUCCUGGUGGGAUCUGAAGAGUGGUUGACUAAACCCGGCACAGUAGGUUGUCCUGGCCCUGAAUUUGAUAACAAAAUACUCGACGAUGACGGCAACCCCGUAGCCAUCGGCGAAAUCGGUACAAUCUAUAUGCGCGCGCCGGAAGUGUCCCAGGGCCGCUUUGAGUAUUACAAAGACAACAACAAAACCAGCAAGUCUUAUCGGGGUGAUUAUUUCACGCUUGGUGAUAUGGGCUAUUUUGACGAGGAUGGCUACCUGUUUCUCACCGGCCGCAGCGCGGAACUGAUUAUUUCCGGGGGUGUGAAUAUCUACCCUCAGGAAGUAGACAGCGAGAUUCACAAACACCCGGCCGUUGUUGAUGUCUGUACCAUCGGCGUACCCAAUGACGAAUGGGGCGAAGAAGUAAAAUCUGUGGUGCAACUGCACGAUGAUGUUGAACCCAGCCAGGCUUUAACCGAUGAAUUAAUCACCUGGGCUAGAGAGCGACUUGCUAACUUCAAGUGCCCGCGCAGCAUUGAUUACGUGAGCGAGUUACCUCGUUCUGCUGCAGGCAAAAUCCAGCGCCGUGUUGUGCGCGAACCCUAUUGGGAAAAUAAUUCGUAA